AGUCGGCAGACCUAGUUAACUGCCAACGACCUUAUGCUUCGUGACCAUGAGGCCUUCGAAUCUUGGUGCUCUCAGAUCAGCUCAGGGCAGCUACUCCAUGAGUUAUCUGAUUCGUAUGAAAUGCUGAAAUACAUGGAAAUGGAGGCGAACAGAAAAGGGAUUUGCAUCUAAGCCUAAACCACUCGCAUUUUCAAGACCUCAGAAGUCUACGCCCUGUCGGUUGGGUUUGGGUAAUGGCUCCGACAGAGGUGAAAACGCUGUAUCUGCAAUUUCUUCCGCUUCUGACGUUAAUUUGGGUGUCCAGAAUGGGCGCCUCGGACACUAUGUUCAACGACUCAGUAAGUGGGCAUUCGGUUGUUUCCCGAAAUGAAAACCCAAAAGGACGGUGCCCACAUGGUUGGUUUAUUAGCCCAAACAGGACUAAGUGCUACGGUUUUAUGUCGAGCCCUAAAUCAUGGAAUGAAUCAGAGAACCAAUGUAAUGGUUUAGGCGGGAACUUGGCAUCUCUGAUAACAUAUCAAGAGUUCAGCUUUGCACAAAACAUGUGUAAUGGAACUUUUGGUGGCUGUUGGGUGGGUGGCAGAGUGUUCAACUCUUCAAAUAAUCUUGUUUGGAAGUGGUCAGAUAAUGUUUCGAAAUGGAACGAUUCCAUUAUUCCCAGCACAGCUUCACAAUCUAAUUGCAAAAAUGUCUCUUGCCGCAUGAAUGAUUUGAUUGAAACAUGUGCUUUGAUAGUUGGUGGACUAGCAGCACCCUUCCUUAGGGAUGAGAAAUGCAACAGUUCUCACCCUUUUAUAUGCAUGAUAAAUCUAGAUGAUAGAUGCCAGCGCAUGCACUGCCACAAGGAGUAUCUAGUUAUUCUAGCUGUUGUGAGUGGGUUGAUAUUUUGCACGACGUUUGCUGUUGUGAUUUGGCUUCUUGCCUACAAGAGGAGCAAAAAACGGAGAAGGUCUCGGAAGGUAUCCAAUCCUGCAGCUUCUGCACUGGUACCACCUUCAUGGAAGGUGUUUACCAAGGAAGAGCUGAGAUCUAUUACAAAAAACUUUAGUGAGGGAAACUGUCUUCUUGGAGACACAAAAACGGGUGGUACAUACAGUGGACUCUUACCCGAUGGUUCAAGAGUUGCAAUUAAAAGAUUAAAGAAGUCCACCUUUCAGAGGAAAAAAGAGUUUCAUUCUGAAAUUGCAAGAGUUGCUAGACUUCGUCACCCAAGUUUGGUUGCCCUGAAAGGAUGCUGCUAUAACCAUGGUGACCGGUACAUUGUUUAUGAAUUCGUUGUCAAUGGACCCUUAGAUCGAUGGCUUCACCAUGUACCGAGAGGUGGUCGAAGCUUAGAUUGGACCAUGAGAAUGAAAAUUGCCACGACUCUUGCCCAAGGGAUUGCGUUCCUUCAUGACAAGGUCAAGCCACACGUGGUACAUCGAGAUAUCCGUGCCAGUAAUGUACUUCUUGAUGAAGAAUUUGGAGCACAUCUGAUGGGAGUUGGCCUAUCGAAAUUGGUGGCAUAUGAAGCGAUGCACGAGAGGACGGUUAUGGCAGGAGGAACCUACGGAUACCUUGCUCCUGAAUUUGUCUACAGAAAUGAACUAACGACAAAGAGCGAUGUCUACAGUUUUGGGGUGCUACUGCUUGAAAUUGUGACGGGUCGGAGGCCUACACAGGCAGUUGAUUCAGUUGGCUGGCAGAGCAUUUUCGAAUGGGCAACACCACUUGUGCAGGCUCACCGUUACCUAGAUCUCUUGGAUCCUUGUAUAACAGGCAGUUCUACUUCUGGGAUUCCGGAGUGUGGUGUUGUUCAGAAGGUGGUGGACCUUGUGUAUGCUUGCACGCAGCAUGUCCCAUCCAUGCGCCCUAGAAUGUCGCAUGUUGUUCAUCAGUUGCAGCAAUUGGCCCCUUCACCUCUCACUAUGAAGUAAAGAAUUCCCAUUGCUAGAUUCUAACUUGGAAUGAAGCCAGUUAGUCUAGGACAGGAUCCAAGGUUGGUAGUCACAUUUAACCCAAUUUCUGAAUAGUUUUCGAACACGGGGGUAUGACCACUUCACUUGGUCAAACUAUUGUGCAAUGUUCGAUAUCUAAUGGUAACAACAAACACGAUUAUUUAACAUAACUUGCAAAAUGAUUCAUCCGACAGUUGCUUUCCUUUUAAUGGACUCGAUUCUUGUCA